GGUUGGGUUCUAAUCAUUCAUCUCUACUUUCAAUUAAUUCAGCACUUCUCCUACUCUCUUCUUUGUGUGCUUACAAUAGCCAUAUACAUGCCCAGAUCGUCAAUUAAAAAGGGUAUCAUUAGACUCGGUAAAGAUGGAUAACCAAUUGACAAGAGAAGAAGGCACAUUGAUUGCCAUGGCAACAUCUGGAUCCUUUUCGCACGGUCGAGGCACAGACAAAGCAGCACAAAUUCACCACAUUAGAUCUGGAGGCUCAAUCUCCGUUUUGAACACCAUGGAAGUUUCAAACCCUAAGAAAUGCAAGCGGGACAGCGCCAUCGCACUCGACAGCGACAACGACCUUUCUCUCUUCGAAGCCAUUAAGAAAUCUCAAAGCACCAUCGAUGUGCUGGACAUCUGCACCCUCAAAAAACUAGUCCUCUCCUUCAAGUGUCGAUUUAGAAAGAACAUCAAGGCUUGCAUCAAGUACCAAAACCAGUUGGAGCACUUUGCGGACUCCGAGGUAGGCCUCCAUGACAACCUCCGAAAGCUCAAGAUCUUCACUGAAGCCCUCGAGCUAUACCCCGACCUUGUCAAUCUGAACACCAUCCCUUCUAUACUCAAUCUUUUGUUGCUUGGGUUCAUGAUGAACCCCAUGCCUAGAAUCGUGACAAACCCAACGAACCCAGGCACAUGGGUUCGCCUUUCCAAAUCUGAUUUCCAUAAGGCAAAGGUAAAAAAAAAAAAAAUGAAGGUUGGAGGAAGGAGAGAAUAAGAUAGAAUGAGGAAGAAGACGGGGGCAAAUAAGUAAUUAAAAUUAAGUACCUUUA